GGACGCCUCCUGAGAUCAGCCAAAUCGAGUUGUCGAUCUCUGACCUAGCAGACUCGUACGUUCUCCCCUCUUGCAAGAUCCGGUACAUGUUCUAUAUCCCUCCUAAAAGUGAGCUUCAUGUGUCGAUUCUUUCCGAUUUGAACUCGUCGCUCUGUUUUCGGUAUGGUCGCCGGCGAUAUGGUGUCGAGAAUCGUCAAUCGGGUUUCUCGGCACCUUCCAUAGCCAGCAAUAUUGAUCUUUCUCUCAUAACCAAUCUUACGGGUGUUGUUGAUUCGUCUUCGCUCGCUCAGCGUCACCUAUGCCCCCGGUUGUGACAUCCUUCGCUUAUUUGCAUCGUCCUUUCUGUAAAUUCUAUUGUUAUCCCCAUCAUCUGGUCUUACAUCGAUAGAGCACCAGGCUUGGUCAGGUAUCUGCUGGACUCGAUGGCUGAUACAGUUACAUGCUUGGAUGAUCAACAAAGCUCAUCGACGAUUCGGGUGACAUGUCCACUCGAUGGUUGAUACAGUUACAUGCUUGGAUGAUCAACAAAGCUUAUCGAUAAUUACCAAAUCUAACAGCUUUAUGUUAUCGACUAAUUUGUUAUUCUUUCUCGAAAAAAUUGGGUGAUGCUAAGGAUAAAUUCUUAAGUUAAGAUCAGUAUGACAUUAAACUGAGAUUCGGGUGAUAUGUCCACUCGAUGGUUGAUACAGUUGUUACAUGCUUGGAUGAUCAACAAAGCUCAUCGAUAAUUACCAAAUCCAACAGCAUUAUGUUAUCGAUUAAUUUGUUUUUCUUUCUCGAAGAAAUUGGGUGAUGCUGAGGGUACAUUCUUAAUUUAAGAUCAUUAUGACAUUAGACUGGGAUUCGGGUGACAUGUCCACUAUCAAUUAAUCUAAGGAACUUGAAGACAAACAAAACACCAUAUGAUAGCCUAGUAGUUGGAUCAACAUAAUGCGUCGAUCAAGAUGGGAUGUUUACCAGACGAUUACUAUUAGUAAGCUGCUAAAUGAGAUAGAGGCUCCAUUAUGUCGAGAUUCGAAAGAGGAGUUGGCUCCUGACUUCUGAAAGAAUAGCUGUUUAGCAUGACAGGAUACCGAUAUUGUGGCUCUAAGGAACAUGAAAAAAUAUGUUGAAGCUAGUUUAGAUGUAUACACAGUGUGAUUAUAUAAAAGAUCUUUUGUCUUUUUUUGUUUUCUCCUUCCCAUCAAGUAUGUUUGAAACUCGUAAUUUUUGGGACAUUGAUUGAUCUUUUUCUACCUACUUCUCUUUGGAGAUUCCACAGCACAAGAUUUUGCAGCCCCUACACCUUAAUUGCUUUGUUAUUCUUGUGUGUUCUAUUGAUCGGUUAAUUGUUUUGCUUUUACUUACUGGUGAAAUUUAUAAUUUCGGUGAAGUUUUGAGGAGCCAAAAGGUUUCAAGAAGAUGCCACGAACAAGUGCAUUGGAGUGCCCUGGAUGCCCACCUUUGAGAGCCUUGACGACUGACGUGCUCGGUCUUGUAAAAGUUGUCGAAGCUCAUGGAAAGACUGGAAUUCCAAAGGUGGUAGAAACAUGGGGGCAGCCAAAUGCUUCAUCUUGUGUCCUUGCUGCUUCUUAUUCUGAUCACAAAACUGAUCCGCUUUUGGCUGUUGCUCGCAAGAAUGGUUUGGUUGAGUGUCUAAAUCCUAUUAAUGGAGAGGCUUUGGGCAUCACUAAGAUCGAUCAACCCUUAUCACUGGAUGGCUCUCUUAAUGAUGAUCAUGUUGUUGGAUUGCAUCUCUUCAAAACUAAAGGAAUCGAUGUUCCAUCAAGGUCAGUUUCAUUACUUACCUGUCUGGAAAAGGGUAAUGCUUGCUUGAGGUCCAUUCCCGUCGGUGAUGCGCCAGAAAACUCAACUACUGCUUCUCAUAUUACAUGGAAUGUAUGCUCUUCUGGUAAAAUAAUAUGUUCUUCAGUGGAUAAAAGUGAGAAUUAUGCCUUAUUUGGAGGGAAUGGCAUUGAAUUGAACAUGUGGGAUCUUGGAAAAUGCAGUAAGAUCUGGAGUGCAAAAUCUCCUCCUAAUAGACUUGGUAUAUUCUCUCCAACUUGGUUUACUGCUGCAACUUUUCUGAGUGAAGAUGACCAUAGAAAAGUUGUGGCUGGCACGAUCAAUCAUCAGGUUCGUCUUUAUGACACUUCAGCACAGAGGAGACCUAUAAUUUCAGUCGACUUUAGAGAAUCUCCAAUUAAAGCAGUUUGUGAAGAUCUAGAUGGCUAUACAGUCUAUGUAGGCAAUGGUUCUGGGGAUCUUGCUUCAUUUGAUAUGAGAACAGGAAAACUGAUGGGAUGCUUUAUUGGUAAGUGCUCUGGAAGCAUCAGAUCUAUAGCGAGACAUCCAGAACUUCCCGUGAUAGCAUCUUGUGGAUUGGACAGCUCUUUGCGUGUGUGGGAUGCAAAGACGAGACAACUUCUAUCUGCGGUUUUCCUCAAGCAACAUCUAACAAAUGUGGUGAUCGAUUCACAUUUCUCAGACGAAGGUUCCAAUGGCAAUACUUGUGAUCAACAAGCUGAUCUACAAGUAUGCGAUGAUAUUGAAACCGUAGAUAAUGAUGAAUUGCCAAUCUCUAGCGGUAAGAAAGCAUCUAAAAGGAAGAGAGUUGGUAAAGUCAAGUAGAAAAGAAAGACUGGGGACCAAUACGAUGAUGAAACAAGUGAAGCCCAUGUAUUAAGUCAAGCUGAAUCUGAAGACAAUAGUGUCUUGCCACCCCUCAAACAGGAAAAAUCAUCAGAUGAGCACAGCAAGAGGCUCAAGCAGAAAAAGAGCAAGAAGAUUUUGCCAUGAAGGAAGCAUGCCGGCCAUCAAGAAAGUUGUGGUGAAGGAUGGGUGAGUCCGUGAUAAUUCCAUAAUUUGUGAUGACCAGGACUGAGCCCACCACCACCCACCAGCUAGAUGAGUCUUGCUAAACUUGCUCGAGAUGUCCAAUUCUUUGAGAAUUUGCAUCGCACAAAGAUCUUAAAAAUAGUGGUUUCGAAGGUGAAAGCUAAUGAAGGGGAGGGCUCGGAACUGCUUCGUAGUGCAUCUGACAGCAGUAGCAGUGGGCAUGCGGAAUCACUCGCUGCAACUCUUGCAGAACAUCGCCAACAUUUAGUUUGCAUACAGGUCUAGUGAUACCAGGAUAACACUAAUCAUUUACGGGCUAGUCCUCCCUGUAAAAUUUCAGACCUUUAUCCCUUUACUUUUAUGAUAAUCCUUUUACUAAUUCAUGGGCAAUUCUAUUUUUCA